CCUCGCGAGAGCGCGCACACAUGCGUCCACGUGCAUAUCUAUAGCAUCGCGUGGAUCCUCCAACCAUAAGUCAUACCCAUUAUCUGUAUCCUCCUCUUCGUCGGCCGCACGCGACUGCGAGUGCGUUCGCCCGCUUGCCGGCCAUGGCCAGUCAUCUACCUUCUUUCCACGUCUUCCUCGCAGUGGCUGUGGCGUUAUGCCUAUGUCGUUCGUCGUUGAGCAGCGCCGCCGACGUGCUCGAUCGCACGAGGCGGCCCGAGUUCGCGGCGUGGAUGGCCGGCGUCAGAGCGACCAUCCAUGAGAGGCCCGAGCUGGCGUUCGAGGAGAUCGAGACCAGCAGGCUGGUGAGGAAGGAGCUCGAUGCCAUGGGCGUCGGGUACCGCUACCCGAUCGCCGGCACAGGCAUUGUCGCGACCAUAGGCACCGGACGCUCGCCGUUCGUCGCGUUGCGUGCGGAUAUAGAUGCCCUCCCGAUGCAGGAGGAAGUGGAGUGGGAGCACAAGAGCAAGGUGUCCAUGAAGAUGCAUGCGUGCGGCCACGACGCGCACACCGUCAUGCUGCUCGGCGCCGCCAGGAUCCUCCAGGAGCGACGUCACGAGCUGCAGGGCACGGUGGUCCUCCUUUUCCAGCCGGGGGAGGAGGUGGGCACCGGGGCCAGGAGGAUGGUUGCGGACGGCGCCGUCGACAACGUGGAUGCCAUCUUCGGGUUCCACGUCAGCGUGGGGCUUCCCACCGGUGUGGUGGGGUCGCGGUCAGGUCCGCUGCUCGCCGGCUGUGGCUUCUUCGAGGCAGUGAUCACCGGGAAGGGCGGCCACGCUGCCAGGCCCCACGGCAGCGUCGACCCUGUCGCCGCCGCGUCCGCCGUCGUCCUCGCUUUGCAGAGCCUCGUCUCCAGGGAGGCCGACCCGCUCGACUCUCAGGUGGUGUCGGUGACGAGGUUCCGUGCCGGCAACGCGUUCAAUGUGAUCCCGGACUCGGUCACGGUCGGCGGCACGUUCCGGUGCUUCUCGAAGGAAGGGUUCUCGCGGCUGAAGCGGCGGAUCGAGGAGGUGAUCGUGGCGCAGUCGGCGGUGCACCGGUGCGGCGCGGCCGUGGACUUCAACGCCAGGGGGACGCCUCUCCUGCCCCCGACCAUCAACAGCCCAGCGCUGCACGCGCACUUCGAGGCCGUCGCGACGGAGACGCUCGGCGCCGCGCACGUCCACGGCGCGUUGGAGCCGUGCAUGGGGAGCGAGGACUUCGCCACCUACUCCGAGGCCGUGCCGGCGUCCCACUUCUACUUCGUCGGGAUACGUAACGAGACGGAGGGGCUGGUGCACCUCGCGCACUCGCCGCACUUCCUCGUCGACGACGGCGCGCUCCCGUUCGGUGCGGCGCUGCACGCCAGCCUCGCCAUGAGGUACCUGGACGAACGCCACCGCGAUGUCUCGCAAUCUCACGAGGUGCUCUAGAUUCGUCCAGUUGCUGCGCCCUGCAUUCGACUCGCGACGUCGGGGGCGGUCACGGCGCCGGUGAUGUGCAUUCGACUUGCGGUAUCGGCGGCGGUCGUCAUCAUCGACUUACUGUGUAAGGAGAUCCGGGUUCGAUACUUCGAUCCUGCGAUUCUGACAAACACGUGGAAUGUAGAAUGGCCGAUUAUGCUGUUCGAUACGACGCGUUGUAAAUGGUGAUAAAUUUGCACACAUUAAUUGCCCUGCAGCCGUAAUUUAGGAAUCAGAUGGGAAUGGGAAGUAUUCCUUAUGAAACCAUCAAUGAUGUUUUGUGGAUUGCAACUCUGGUUAGGACUCAGAACCUGAUAGAGCAAAUAAUAAAUAGAUCCAAUGAUAUGAAAUGAUCUGAAUCAAUACAAACAGACAGGUAUCACAAUAUGGGGGAAAAGAGAGCACAGUUAAUCUAGUAGCAGAAGGAGAGAGAGUACUAGGUACGGGUAGGAAUCAGGGGGGGUAAAAGAAGGCACACUAGGCGAGUGAUCAAGCAAAGAACAGAAUCGUUCAUGGAGCCAGCCUCCGGGACACGCGCGCGCUGCGACAAUCUCACGAGCUCAGUGACGCAGGUUGCCGAAGAGGAGCGCCACGGCCGGGCAGAGGACGGCAGCGACCAGCGAGGAGGAGACGGCGGCUGCGCCGGACGUCGGGCUCGGCGCGGGCCCGUCGGCGGCCAGAGCAACCCCGGCGAGGCAAGACACCGCGGCGGCGACGACGGCGGCGGCGCGGAACAUCUUGGUGGCCAUGACCGAAUGAGAAACGUCGCCGCAGGUGAUGAUCUGUAGGACAGCAGCGCUGCGUGAAUGCGUGGUGCGUGCGCGUGCGGUGAGAUGAGGCCGGAGGCAGGAAGGGCUCGUUUUAUAACUGAAGAGGAAAAGGUGUUGGGACCUCUUCGUCUCACAGUCUGUCUGUCUGUCUAGCUCUGGCCUGCCUACCC